CUUGCUGCCAAGUUUCGGAACAGCGGACAGACGUGUGUAUGUGCAAACAGGAUAUUGGUGCAAGAAGGUAUCUACGAAAAAUUCGCAAGUGCAUUUGUCAAGGCUGUUCAGAGUUUGCAAGUCGGUAAUGGGCUAGAAGAGAGUACAUCACAGGGUCCUCUAAUCAAUGAAGCUGCUGUUGAAAAGGUAGAGAAGUUUGUAGGUGAUGCUACUUCAAAGGGAGCCAGCAUCAUGCUCGGUGGUAAAAGGCACAGCCUUGGGAUGAGCUUUUAUGAGCCAACUGUGGUAGGGAAUGUAAGCAAUGAUAUGCUUCUUUUCAGGGAAGAAGUUUUUGGUCCAGUUGCACCACUUAUACCAUUCAAAACUGAGGAGGAAGCAAUCCAUUUAGCAAACGACACCAAUGCAGGCUUAGCCGCAUACAUGUUUACAAAGAGCAUUGCGCGGUCGUGGCGUGUUUCCGAAGCUCUUGAAUACGGGCUUGUCGGUGUGAACGAGGGAUUGAUUUCAACAGAGGUAGCGCCAUUCGGUGGGGUUAAGCAGUCUGGGCUUGGGCGAGAAGGAUCAAAAUACGGCAUGGACGACUACCUGGAGAUUAAGUAUGUAUGCAUGGGCAACCUGGGUUGAUGCUUGAAGUUGGCAUCCGCUUCCACCUGAAUGGAGAAGAAGGAUCGAGAACCUACUGGGGCCAGGUGUGCUGAUAAGCGUGGAUAGCUAUGCAGGCGUAAGGUGUAAGAUGGAACGAAGAGGGAGGACAGUUUUAGAAGCUUGGAAUAAAGAGAGUAAGCCGUGUCCGAAUAAAAGGUGCAAGAGUUAGAAUGAAGAGGGAGGGCAGUUAAGAAGCUUGGAAUAAAGAGAGUAGGCCGUGUCCGAAUAAAUGGGUUGUAAAUGAAUGAAACGUGAAGCACGGCUUCGUCUCCGAACUUUGAUACUACUCAAUAAUCAUCACGUUGUUCACUUGAUGCAGAGAGCAGAUCCUCUCAAAUGUUGUAGUGAUACUGCAUUCUGUGUUUCUGGCCACUGUCGCUCCUGCAUGUGAGCUGUACCCGUGUCA